AUGAAGAAUGGGACUUGGGAGCUUGUAAAGCUUCCACGAGGGCGAAAGGCUCUUCACAAUCGGUGGAUUUAUCGGGUCAAGGAUGAAGCCGAUGGACGGAGACGCUACAAGGCGAGGCUUGUAGUGAAGGGCUAUGAACAGAAAGCAGGGAUUGAUUAUUCUGACGUUUUCGCUCCCGUCGUCAAGUUGACCCCGAUCCGAACUAUGCUAAGCAUUGUAGCUGGAGCGAUAAGUUGGAGAUCCAAGUUACAGGAUACUGUGGCUUUGUCGACAACCGAAGCCGAGUACGUGUCUGCAGCAGAGGCAGCAAAGGAGUUGCUAUGGUUGAAGGCUUUUCUUCUCGAGCUUGGAGUAAGCUUUGAGAAAUAUUUCAUCCAUUGUGAUAGUCAGAGUGCCAUUCACUUGUCAGAGAACGACGCAUUCCAUGCUCGGACCAAGCAUGUUGACGUGAAGCACCAUGCCAUACGGAGAUGGCAAAGCAGGAACGAGUUCAAGCUUGUGAAGAUUGAUACGAGCCGUUGGAAUUCUUUGAAUGCGGAUGUCGAUGCUCCGGGUUUGAAUCUGAACUUGAUCAAGCAGAUACUUCAUCAGGAUGGUUUGGUUCAGAGUGCUUGUUCUUGUUGUGUGCAAAGUGAGUGUAGACAAAAUGAAGUUCUGUUACAGAAUCUUGAGGUGAAACAGCUGAAUGAAGCUCAAAUUGCAGCUGUAUGCCAAGUGCUUUCCUGUAUGAGAUGCUCUCAUGCAUUUUCUGUAGGAAGAAUAUCUGGUUUUCCUGGUACAGGAAAAACCGAGAUCAUUGCGACAGCUUGUUCAAUAGCCUUGCUGAGGCAAUGUAAGGUUGCUGUAUGUGCUCCGAACCCUUACUCAGUUCUUGAGAUAGUAUCACGAGUUCUAAAGAUUGUUGGGCAUAGUUGCAAUACCUUUGAUGAUGGGAUUACCGGAUUGACCCGCUCAGAUAUUGUAUUAUUAGGAGAAUAUAACAGCAUGCACCAGAAUAUUUUUAGCGGGCUUUCUGUCGUACCUCUGGACGAACUAACUAAACUUCUAAAACCCUGCUUUUCCUCCUACCAUGGAUGGAAAGAAUGUUUGACUGAGCUGGUAAGUAUUUUGGAGAGGGAGCAUGGUACAUUUUCGGAGUGUGAGAAAAAUGUGUAUCAACCAGAGAAUUUGGAAGUUUUGAAAGAGGAAAUUUCUUCUACUGCUUUAACACUGAAGAACCACAUACAGUUGCUAUUAAAAUAUAUACCCUGUUCUUUAUUGUCAGAUUGUGGCAUGCAGAAUUUAACUUCACUUCUAAGUAUAGUAGAUUCUAUGCUGAAAUUUCUUUCUGGUGAUGGUGCAAAUUUGAAGUGGAAAGAAUUUUGCACAUUAAGAAAUUCUUGUCUUGGCGCAAUCCAUUCGGUGAUUAAUACUGUAGGAAUUCCUGUAACAGCAGAUAAGAAGUCAAUUGAGCAUCUGUAUUUGGAGCAUGCACGCUUGCUUUUUUGCCCAAUAUCUGAUUUAGCGGAACUAAAAAGAACAUGUGGUAGUUGUGGCUUGGAUCUACUCAUUGUUGACAGGGCCUGUGAGAUCAUGGAGUGCGAGUCUCUUCCUUUACUUCAACUUGAUGGAUUACAUCAUGCUAUUCUUUUUGGAGGAAAUGGUUACAAGCCAGCUUCCAUCAUAAGCAAGAAUCUUCUGCAGAUUGGCUAUGGACGGAGCCUAUUUAAAAGGCUAAACCUCCUGUAUCCCGAAGAACGUAAUCUAGUUCUGCAGUACAGAAUGCAUCCGUUCAUAAGUUGUUUCCCAAAUAAGAAGUUCUUUAAGCAGAAACUCUUAGACAGUCAAACAACUGUGGCUAGGGAAAAGGAGAUACCUCUUCUUCCGGAGUGUAUAUCUGGAGCAUAUAGAUUUCUGGAUGUUUCAGAUGGAAGAGAAACGAUCGAAGAACAAAGUGAAUGCCCAAGGAACCUGCUAGAAGCAGCAAUUAUCUGCAAAAUUAUUUUGAAACUUAUUAGAGCUUCUUCCUGGAAGGGACUAAGCAUUGGAGUGAUCUCCCCGAGUUCUGCGCAAGUUCAAACCAUUCAAUCUAUGCUCCAAGACAAAUUUGAGCUUGCUAGUGGUUUUCGGAUCUGGAUAAAGACUGUAAGUGAAAUUGAAUCAAGUGAAGAAGAAGUCAUAAUUAUAUCAACCGUAUGUUGUAAUGACCGUAGUGGUCUCAGAUCACUUCUUGGCAAUCAGGUUACCAACUUUUGUUUAACGAGAGCCAGGAAAUUUCUCUGGAUCGUAGGAAACAGAGAAAUGUUGAAGAAAAGUUCUUCCAUAUGGAAAGAAGUUGUUCUUGAUGCUGAAGAGCGUGGUUGCUUGUAUGUGGCAUCUCAGGUUAAGUUUCUUGCCGAAACCAUAUUUACUGUGAAGAAUGAGAUCAAGGAGCUUGAUGAAUUACUUAAUCAGGGAGGAGUCCAUUUUAAUGGGACGAAGUGGAAGGUCCUAGUAAGCAAUGAUUUCAAGAAGUCAUUUGUUGGUAUACAGAGUGCUUUGACCCAACAAAUUAUAAUUGCAUUCCUGUGGAGACUGGCCUGUGGUUGGCGACCUAAGCGUAAAAGACUUUAUUUCUCCAAGUACAUCAAACAAUUCAGGGUUCACGGUUUGACCAUUGUCUGCACAGUGGACAUUAUUAGAGAAAUACAGUUUAUUCAAGUGAUUAAGAUCUGGGACGUUUUGACUUUGGCAGAAAUCCCAAAACUUAUUCGAGGUCUUGAUGACAUGGCAUCUUCUUUUGGGGAUAAAUAUGUUAAAUACUGCAGUAUUGAAAAGGUUGAAGGGGACCUUGUAGUGCCAAUGAGCUGGGAAGUAUCGCAUGAAUUAUCACUUAACGAAUUACACCUUAUACACGGUUUCCAAACUGAAAGUAGAGUGGUGUCAUUGCUCGAUGGUGCUAGCAGCGUCAAACACAAAGAUGGGCUGAUGCUGAUGAAAUUCUAUUCUUUGUCCUCUAGAAACGUGAAGCACUUGUUAAAUGCUUCCGAUGGUCAAGAAAUUGAGCUUCCAUUUGAAGUAAGCGAUGUUGAAUCAGAGAUAAUUUCAUUCCCAGACAGUGUCUUCAUACUUGGGAGAUCAGGUACUGGUAAAACUCUGGUUUUGAUGACAAAAUUAAUUCAGCGGGAGCAACUAUAUUUUCUAGCAUUGCAAGGCCCAUCUAUGGAGAAGCUUCAUGCACAUGUUGGUCCAGAUUGUACUGGAGAAUAUGAUGAUCUUGCUUCUCCUACAGAAAAUGCAUUGAGCCAGAUCUUUCUGACAGUUAACCCUAUCCUUUGUUCUUCUGUAAAGGACUAUAUCACACGACUUAGAAGGUAUACUCUUGGUGAAGAACGCCCUGAAGGGUUUACAGUCAACGAAGCAUACAGUGGCAGUGAAAACUUGACUAGGUUUUCAGAAAUACCCGAUAGCAUGAUUGAAAUUUCACAAUGCCAUUUUCCACUUGUAAUUUCAUUGCAGAAAUUUUUAAUCAUGCUUGAUGGAACUGUGAAGAACACCUUUUUUGGUUCAUUUUCUGAUAUAAAAGUCAUCAGCAGUGGAAAACGAAGGGCCAGGGAGACUUCUGUACUUCAACAGCUUAUAACAGAUAAAGAGGUUACUUAUGAUCUUUUUCUCUCCUCAUAUUGGCCUCGUUUUGAUGUAAAUCUAACUAGGAAGCUGGAUCCAUCUUUUGUGUUUGCCCAUAUUAUUUAUUGCAUCAAAGGUGAAAUAGGAUCUUCUGAAGCAUCCAUUUACAAAAAUAUGAAGAAGGAAGAGUAUCUUAAUCUCUCAAAUAAACGGUGCUCUUUAGUAGGCAAAGAAAAGAGAGAAAUGGUAUAUCAGAUCUACAUCUGUUAUGAAAAAUUGAAGAAGACGAAUGAAGAAUAUGAUGUCUCUGAUUUGGUUAAUGAUCUUCAUUAUAGAUUGUCUGUUUAUGGAUAUGAUGGUCGUAAAAUGGAUUUUAUGUACAUUGAUGAAGUCCAAGAUUUUACAAUGAAACAGAUCUGCCUGUUUAAAUACACUUGCAUCAAUUUUCAGAGUGGAUUUCAAUUUGCUGGUGAUAGCGCACAGGCUCUUGUUAAUGAUUUUAGAUUCCAGGAUAUUAAAUGCUUGUUCUACAAAAAAAUUCUGGCCAGAUCUGGGCUUGUUCCUAACUUUUUCCAGUUAACCACUAAUUUUCGUACACAUUCCGGUAUUCUUGGCUUAGCAGACAGUGUAUUGGAUUUGUUGUACCAUUUCUUUCCUGACUCUGUUGAUCGACUGGCUUCAGAAAAAAGCAAGGCACAUGGGGAAUUUCCUGUUGUCCUAGAAUCCGGAUCCGACACAGAGGUGCUUCAAACUAUUUUUGGCACCGAUACAAGUGACAAUUCCUCACUGAAAUUUGGAUCUGAACAGGUAAUUUUGGUACGUCAUAACCGUGAUAAGGAAAAAGUCAUCAAUCAGAUAGGAAAUAAUGCUAUGGUCUUGACCAUCAAGGAAUCUAAAGGAUUGGAGUUUCAGGAUGUUCUUUUACAUAAUUUCUUUUGUGAGUCGCCACUGAAGAACCGUUGGAGGAUUGUUUAUGAAUUCAUGGACGAUAAAAAAAUAGUAAACCCCUGGUCGUCUAUGACUUUUCCACAAUUUGACUGUGAUAAGCACCAUCUACUUUGCUCCGAGUUGAAGCAAUUGUAUGUUGCUGUGACACGUACAAGGAACAGAUUGUGGAUUGCUGAGACCAACAAUGUAUUUGCGAAGCCAGUUUUUGAGUACUGGAAGGCGGCUGGUGUUAUACAGGUGCAAAGAUUAGACUUUACGUUUAUCAAGAAAAUGCAAGUUACUUGUACUAAGGAAGAGUGGAAUGCUCGUGGUACAAAGUUUUUAAAUGAGGGGAACUAUGAGAUGUCAAUUCUGUGCUUCAAAAGAUCAGGCAACGUGUACAUGGAGAAUUGGGCAAAGGCAGCAGGGCUUCAAUCUGAAGGUUCACUGAUGCUGCGCACGAAUUUUAAUGUGGCGAAGAACUGGCUAUUAAAUGCAGCUGAUCUUUACAUGAUCAUUGGGAGAGCAGAGCUAGCUGCAGUCUGCUUAGUGAAAGCAAAGAAGUAUAGAAAAGCAGGAAUGCUUUAUUUAGACAAAUUUCAUGAGCCAAGGUUUGAGGAUGCUGGUGAUUGUUUUGCUUUAGCUAGUUGUUGGUCUGAGGCUGCCAAAGCCUAUGCUCAAGGGAGAUGCCUCUCUAAAUGCUUGUCAGCAUGCCAUGAAGGUCUGCAUUUUGAUUUGGGAUUUCAUUUCCUUAAAGAAUGGCCUAUCCAUGUUUCCACGAGCGAUUGGAUUGAUUAUGCCAACAGUACUCUGAGGUCCUAUUACAAGUUAAAGAACCUAGAUUCUCUUUCGAAGUUUGUCCGGGCAUUUCCAAAUGAUUUGAUCAACUUAUUGCUGGAAUCUGAGAAUUUUGAAGAAGCUGCAGCUAUUGCCAGGUUGAGAGGAGAUAUUCUUUUUGAAGCUGAAAUUAUGCAAAAAGCUAAAGAGUAUGUAUGUUCUUCAAGUUUGAUGCUUUCAGAUGUGGUAGGAAAGAUGCUCUGGUUGGAUAAAAAUAAAUGCUUUCCUUUAAAGCAGUUUCAUCAAUUGGAUAACAUUCUUGCAAAAGCAAAAGACGUAGCUAUGUUAGCAUGCAAAGAUGUGGAGAUUUCUGUUUCUGCUGAAGCUAAUUUUUUAGCAGACCACUGCGCUGACAUUUCUGCUUUGGCAAUUCACAUUGACAAUGCUAAACGUUCCCAGAAUAUAUGCUUAGAAAUCUUGGCCUCGCGCUGCAUGCUUGAAAUCUGCCUACACGCAAACGUUUGUAAAUUUUAUCAUGAAUUGGAUUUUUCCCGUGUUCAAUACCGAGGUGGUACUGUGCAUGAUAUGUUGUCUCAGGGGUAUUUGUCUGUUCAGGUUCUUAUGUUUGCUUGGAAUCUAUGGAAGAAAAAUAUUAAAGACAUGCUUUUUUAUGUACAAUCCUAUGGAACUCCGGUAGUUAGCAAGUAUGCCAAACAUGAGAAGUUCUGUAUGAAAUACUUUGGUGUCUACAAAUUACACGUUAAAGGAGUUUAUAUUUCUCCUAAUCACAGAGCAUCAUGGAUGAAUUAUGAAGGUAGAAGGAAUGUUCAUAUGGUUGACAAUAUUACUUAUAUCAGCGAUUCAGAGUUCAAUUCUCUUGCAGCGGACCACUUCCUAUCUGAGAUUAUAUCUAUUGGUAAUUUGUUACUGCAAAAGUUGAAAGAUCUACAUAAGUUUCUCUUAUCAAAGGAGUUUUUCGUCAUCCAGAGGGGUGUUAUUGCACACCAUUUUUACAGGGCAUUAGGUUUCCUCAAAGAAUAUGGCAUUUCUGUCCCAAGAUCUCAGCUUGAUGGGUUGGAUGAAUCCUUGAAUCAGUUCCGCCCUCUUUUGUUUCAGACAUUCUUCCCGUUAGAUUGUGAUAUACCAAUAACUCUGGAUUUGCUUGAUUCUUGUACGCAAAGCGCAACCAUCGCCUUGGUCACUGUUAUUUUUGACAAGAAUUUAGAGCCUGUCUGUCAUCACUUUGAGUCUAUGAAAAUUGCUAGAGCACUAGUUUUUCUGCUAGCUCGAGAAUUGGGAGACGAAUUGUUCUGGAGAGCUUCUCAAAUAUUAAGUGCAAAUCGUUCAUGGAGACGUUUACUUCAGCAGCAGACGAAGUUCAGGUCAAAUGGUUGUUGGCGUACCACCCCUUUGGUGGAAAGGUUUCUAGCUUUGUCAAACUUGGACCUUCAGAACCAGUUAUUGCUUCUUGAAGAUGUUCUCUUCUGUGCGUUAUUAUGUGAAAUAGGUAGAGGUUGGAUCAUCACCUCAACUUCUGCUCUCUUGAAGUUCUCCAGGAUGUACGGACCGUAUUCCCGUUUAUUUGCAGCAAUGGACAUCAUAUCCUUAAGACACGUUUAUGAAUCUUCUUGUUCCAUAUAUGAUUUUAUUCUGGACACUGCCCGAGAGCUUCUGUUUGUAUCACAUCUCCGCAGGGCAACAGUUGGCAGAGUAAAGGUUCUAGAGUUUUUCCGGUCAUUAGUCCUGCGAACUGUUGUUUUGAUCAGCAUUGUCUGUUUAAAUUCACCAAAGCACUUUUUGAAGGUUAAGGAGAUACUAAGAGAAGCUGAUGGAAUUCUAUUAGGUUUACCAUAUAAAUUUCUGGUGAACUUCUGGAAUGCUAGAAAAUGCCAACUUUGGUCAAUAAAGUGCUUUGGAGCUGCGUUUUCCAAGUCGAUGAAAUCUGUUCAUGAUCAGCUGGUCGUAGUCCGGCUGGAUGAUUGUACCAUGUCUUUUGAACAUCUGACCCCUUUCUACGUCAAGCACAGCUCUUUUCACGUAGAUAUAGAGCAGGAUCUAGCAGUGCUUUUGGGUAAAACUCAUGUGUAGAGAUUUUUGAAGUUUAAUGCAUCAAUGGAUCUUUAAUA